AUGUCGAAGUACCUUGUUCCCGUGUGUGCCUCCGUUUCCCUGGCCGCCGUUGUGGCCGCUCUCGUCGCCAUGCACUCCAUCGUCGUCGACAUUGACUCGAUGAGAGACGAGAUUGUGACUGGAGUUCACGAGAUGAAGGUGAGCCUAUCACUCGCCAGACUCAACGGCAAUAUUUGAAUUCAGGUCAUGUCUGAUGAUGCGUGGAACAGAAUGAUCGGAAUGCAUUCGAAGCCGACGCUUGACGCUGAGUCCCGUGUCGCAUUCGCCAGCAUCUUCCAGAGAACGAAGCGUGCCGCCAAUCCAUCCCAGUGCAAUUGCGACGCCAAUUCGCUCGGAUGCCCACCAGGACCACCAGGACCUCCAGGACUUUCAGGAGGACGUGGAGAGCAGGGACCUUCUGGAGAGAAGGGACGCGACGGAGCUUCCGGAAUCUCUUUGGCCGUCACUCAUCACUUGCCAGGAGGAUGCAUUCAGUGCCCUCAGGGACCAGCUGGAGAGCCAGGACCGGACGGAGAGAUUGGAGAGCCAGGAUUCCCAGGAGCCGUCGGACAAGCCGGACAGUGCGGAGAGGACGGAGCUCCUGGAGAGCCAGGAAUUGCUGGAGAGCAAGGACCAUCCGGAGAGCAAGGAGCCGAGGGAGCCCAAGGACCAACUGGACAGGACGGAACUUUGGGAGCUCCAGGACUUCCAGGACAGCCAGGAACCCCAGGAUGGCCAGGAUCGCAGGGAGAACCAGGAAAGAACGGAGAUUCCGGAACCGACGGAGAGCAGGGACCACAGGGACCACAAGGACCACCAGGACAGCCAGGACGCGAUGCCGACGAUGGACAGCCAGGACUUCCAGGAAAAGACGGAUCCGUCGGACCAGACGCCAACUACUGCCCAUGCCCAGCCAGAGCCAAGAAGCACUAA